CUUAACCCAGGAUUAUAGCCUCAAAGUCGACAUGGACAAUGCCAAAAACCCCUCCAACACUCUGGUGCUGGAGUUUAAAGAAGACACCGCACUGACCGAGAUGAUGCGUCUCCGUGUGUCGUCUCUGCAACGCACAGGGCAGAAGCGUCAGGAGGGUGAGCGCCUGCUUCUCCCCCAUGAGGCCGUAUAUCGGCUGGACUUCUCCACCCAGGAGCUGAACUUCUCACGCUGGUAUUUCUCCCUCACUGCCCAUGGUCGCGUCACCAUCACUGGUAUUUCCCAACACUGGACCCCGGACCUCACCAACCUGAUGACUCGCCAGCUGCUAGAACCGAUUGGAACGUUUUGGCGAAACGCAGAGGACCCGGAAGAUACACCGCUAAAAUGGCUGGAGGCAGACAUGCAGGAGUUUGGUGAAAGAAUUGCUGAGCUGGCCAGGGUCAGGAAGGUCAUGUACUUCCUGCUUGCGUUUAAGGAUGGAGCAGAGGCUGCAAAUCUCAGCUGCUCAGUGGAGUUCACACCAGAUAAAUGACUCUGUCACUUUUUGUCACUAGAAUCCUGUUAGCACUGGAUAAGCACU